AUGGCGGGGGCGGGGAAUCAGUGCACCGCUUUGGUGGACACCGGAGCCCUGGGUCGGGUUGCUUCCCAGGCGGCUCGUAGGCGUCCAGCAAGGAAGGAGGAAGAAGAGACUAGCACCAACCUCUGCGCCUUUGUAGGAGCAGCGACUCCGGCCUGGCUGCGUGCUCGGCUCCGCACCGACCCUCCUUCCUCCAGGGGCCUGAAGGCGGCGCCCUGGGCCUUGCGUGCCUUUUACACGCGCCCAGGCUUUUGGAGCUCACCCCUGUGUUCUCUUCAGGUUGUUUUGCAGAACCUUCUCAUAUGUGUCAUCCUCUUCUACACUGUGUACUAUGUAGCUCUGGGCAUGUACUACAUGAUGCUCAAGGUGUAUGAGUUGGAUGUCCUGGCACCGUCUGAUUUCAAAACAAAUCCCUCAUGGCUCAACACAAAUUAUAAAGUUCUUUUAGUCUCAUCAGAGGUCACCUACUUUGUUUCCGGAUUGCUUUUUGUUCUGGUGGUAGAAGAAUGGGUUUGGGAUUAUGGUAUUUCAGUAACUAUUCUUCCUGUUACCAUCACUUCAACUGUUAUGUUGGAAUUCCCUUUGAUAUCACAUUGGUGGGCUGCUUUAGGUGUAUAUGUAUGA